AAAAAUACUAAUUGCUGUUACAUGGCCCAGUUGGGUUGAUGUCUAUUUUAAGUAACAAACUAUCUUCUCCCUGAGUUUGAUUUUGAAGUGAGCAUGUUGCAUGUCAGCAGUCAGCUAAUGUGCUCUGCUAAUUCGGUAGUGUAAGAAGAUUCAUAUAUAAUGAAUAUCUGCUCAGAUGCAUUUUGCACACACUCUCCUGCUUUUGCAUUUAUGCUGUUGUCGUGUUUUAAGAAGGACUUUCUCCUGGCAGUGUGUGUUAAUAACUGGAAAAUUCCCUAUCAGUAGACUAGCACCAUCUUGACAAGCCUGUGUUCUGCUUCUACCUUGCUAAUUGUUUCCUUGGGAUUAUUUGGAUUGUGUAGAAAGCCUUUUGCAAAUCCUCUUAUUACUGAAGUCAUUGUUGCCAGCAGGAAUAAGAUUAAAGGUGCUUAAGGCUGUAGAGUUGUUUCUAAUUUGUUCAUGUCAUUUCAGUGGCAUUUUAGCAGAACUCUGUCUCCUGUCCCUCCCUUCUCCCCUGGUACUAUCUCAAGUUAGGUCCAAGAUGCCAGACCAUUGGAAGAAAUCUCAUUUUAUUCUCCUAAUUAUUAUGCUGGCACUUGGGAGAUAAUUUUUCCCUUCAUGCAUUGCCAAUUAAUAUGCAAAUAAGCUAAUAAAUAUUUAUGUAUUCAUUCAAAUUAUGCAGGGAGUGCUUUCAGUGUAUUCUGUAAAUGAAUUGUUCCUGGACUUCAAAGUGCUAGCUGCUGUGCUAACGAGGAGAGAUUUGCAUAAGGCCCUAAUCACACGCAUACUGAUUAAGCUUCAUUAUGGAAACUGCCAGCUGCAAUCUUUGUUUCUAUUUUAUUACAAAAAGGGGAACUUUUCAUGCUUCAGUUGCCUUGACAAUGUCAGUCCUAGCUGGUAGAAGAGACUAAAACUCCUCUGAGCAACUGAAGUUUCCUUAUUCAGUUGAAGAUUGCUAUGGUGCAACUGAAGUUGUAUUUUGCUUCUCUUGUUAAUUCACUUUCCACUCCUCCCACCCCUGUUCUCGUAAGAACAUAGUACAGAUUUGUUAGAAAUAGUAGUACCUUCUUUUCCCUAUCCCAAACGAUACCUGUUCCUUCUUGCUUUGGACUGUCUGCACCUCUUGAAGAUUUUACAGCAAUGCUGGACUGCAGUGACUGUGUUCUAGAUUCAAGAAUGAACAAUCCGUCAGAAUCCAAUAAGUCAUCUAUGGAGAGUGGAGAUGGCAGCACUGGCACACAAACUAAUGGUCUGGACUUUCAGAAGCAGCCUGUACCUGUUGGAGGAGCAAUCUCAACAGCCCAGGCCCAGGCUUUCCUUGGACAUCUUCACCAGGUUCAGCUCGCUGGGACAAGUCUACAGGCUGCUGCUCAAUCUUUAAACGUUCAGUCUAAAUCUAGUGAAGAAUCGGGGGAGCAGCAACCAAGCCAGCCUUCCCAGCAGCCUUCAAUGCAGUCAGCCAUUCCCCAGACCCAGCUAAUGCUGGCUGGGGGACAGAUAACUGGGCUCACUUUGACACCAGCCCAGCAGCAGUUAUUACUACAGCAGGCCCAGGCCCAGGCCCAACUCCUGGCUGCUGCAGUGCAGCAGCACUCCGCCAGCCAACAGCACAGUGCUGCUGGGGCCACCAUCUCAGCCUCCGCUGCCACACCCAUGACGCAGAUUCCCCUGUCUCAGCCUAUUCAGAUUGCACAGGAUCUUCAACAAUUGCAACAGCUUCAACAGCAAAAUCUCAACUUGCAACAGUUUGUGUUGGUUCAUCCAACCACCAACUUGCAGCCAGCACAGUUUAUCAUCUCACAGACCCCCCAGGGCCAGCAGGGUCUCCUGCAAGCGCAAAAUCUUUUAACACAACUACCUCAGCAAAGCCAAGCCAACCUCCUACAACCACAGCCAAGCAUCACCCUCACCUCCCAGCCAGCCACCCCAACUCGCACAAUAGCAGCAACCCCAAUUCAGACACUUCCACAGAGCCAGACAACACCAAAGCGAAUUGAUACUCCCAGCUUGGAGGAGCCCAGUGACCUUGAGGAGCUUGAGCAAUUUGCCAAGACCUUCAAACAAAGACGAAUCAAACUUGGAUUCACUCAGGGUGAUGUUGGGCUCGCUAUGGGGAAAUUAUAUGGAAAUGACUUCAGCCAAACCACCAUUUCUCGCUUUGAAGCCUUGAACCUCAGCUUUAAGAACAUGUGCAAGUUAAAGCCACUUUUAGAAAAGUGGCUAAAUGAUGCAGAGAACCUCUCAUCUGAUUCUACAGCAUCUAGCCCAAGUGCCCUGAAUUCUCCAGGGUUGGGGGCUGAGGGCUUGAAUCGUAGGAGGAAAAAACGCACCAGCAUAGAGACCAACAUCCGUGUGGCCUUAGAGAAGAGUUUCAUGGAGAAUCAAAAGCCUACCUCGGAAGAUAUCACAUUGAUUGCUGAACAGCUCAAUAUGGAAAAAGAGGUGAUUCGUGUUUGGUUUUGUAACCGCCGCCAGAAAGAGAAAAGAAUCAACCCACCAAGCAGUGGUGGGACCAGCAGCUCACCUAUCAAAGCAAUUUUCCCUAGCCCAACCUCACUGGUGGCAACUACUCCAAGCCUUGUGACAAGCAGUACAGCAACAACCCUCACAGUCAACCCUGUCCUUCCCUUAACCAGUGCUGCAGUGACUAAUCUCUCUCUUACAGGCACUACAGACACUACAUCCAACAACACAGCCACCGUGAUUUCUACAGCACCCCCUGCUUCCUCAGCAGUCACAUCCCCCUCUUUGAGUCCCUCCCCUUCUGCCUCAGCCUCCACCUCUGAGGCUUCUAGUGCCAGUGAGACCAGCACAACACAGACCACCUCCACGCCUCUUCCGUCCCCUCUUGGGGCUAGCCAGGUGAUGGUAACAGCAUCUGGCUUGCAAACAGCAGCUGCUGCUGCUCUCCAAGGAGCUGCACAGUUGCCAGCAAAUGCCAGUCUUGCUGCCAUGGCUGCUGCUGCAGGACUCAAUCCAGGCCUCAUGGCACCCUCACAGUUUGCUGCUGGAGGUGCCUUACUCAGUCUCAACCCGGGAACUCUGGGUGGUGCUCUCAGCCCAGCCCUAAUGAGCAACAGUACACUGGCUACUAUUCAAGCUCUUGCUUCUAGUGGUUCGCUUCCAAUAACGUCACUGGAUGCAACUGGGAACCUUGUAUUUGCCAAUGCAGGAGGAGCCCCCAACAUUGUGACUGCCCCUCUGUUCCUGAACCCUCAGAACCUCUCUCUGCUCACCAGCAACCCAGUAAGCUUGGUUUCUGCAGCAGCAGCCUCCACAGGGACCCCUGUACCUACAGCCAGCCUUCACACCUCCUCCACCUCUGCUGAAUCCAUCCAGAACUCUCUGUUCACAGUAGCCUCUGCCAGUGGGGCUGCCUCCACCACCACCACUGCCUCCAAGGCACAGUAAGCUGAGUGCAGAGUUGGGCUGCCACGACCUUCAUCACUGCAGCAUGAUGGGCUGCCAACUGUUUAAAAACUGACACAUGUGAUUGGAUUCCUCCCACCAUGUUGUGAGGGUGAGGGAGACAUGCAGAGAAGAAAACCAUACAUACACCAGGAAGAAAAAAAAAGAAUGGAGACAGGACAACGUUUGCCUAAUUUUAUAAUAAAACAAUGUCUUUUCAGGAUUGCUUCAUGGAUUGGAGAACUUUCUAACCAAAAAUUUAAAGAAAAAAAAAAAACAAAAACAAAAAAUCAAAAACAGACAGGCAAAAAUAAGUGAAAGGACUACUUAUCAUUUCCAGCAGUCAUGAUGACAAGCUAAGGUGGGUUACCAGUUCCAAUAGAGGAAGGGAUUUCUUGUUUGUUUGUUUGUUUGUUUGUUUGUUUUUCUUAAAAAAUCAUUUUUAUAGGUCUGUUGUACAGGCCAUUAAGUCAUAACAAGGUGUUUAUAAUCGUAUCAAUUGUGUUGGGGGUUCCUUUCUUAACUGGUACAAUUUAGGCAGGCCUGUAUUACUGUAUCUCUGUUAUUGUUUAUAUAUAUAUAUAUAUAGAUAGAUAUAUUGGACAUGUUUAUCUCUUGCUCCUGGAUCCUAUUUCAGUGAGCUCCCACACUGUGGGGAGGGAGGGUUUGGGGGUAAAGGGAGACUUGCGUUCUUAACUUCCAGGAAUGUUCUUGCUGGUUUCCUUAUCCUUGAUGACUCUUACAGAGGUGCUAGAAAAUGAUUUUCUUUUGCCACUUAUGCAAGAGGCUUGGUGCAGAAGCCGAAGGCAGUGUGUGCAAACACUCGUACUCCACACACGCCCCUCCCCCAUCAGGUGGUGCCUUUGGAGCACUUUUGUGUAGGAAGGAAUUCCUGCUGACUGUAGCUCUCACUCACCCCCUCUAGUCAUUGAGCAACCCUGAGGCCCGAACCCUGUGGUGCAACAAUGCUGCUUUCUGCUACUUUCAAUGGGAACAGCUGUGCCUGUUGCAGGGCAGGGUUUGGUUCCAAAGAGCAAAGACUACUGCAGACACCUGACUUGGUGGUUCUCCUGAUUUCUAUCUUUUUGUUUUUAAAUGCUCCUACUGUUGAUGUUUGUUUGUUUGCUUGUUUGUUUUCAUUUUAUGAAAGUUUUCCAUCCAAACUUCUUUUGACUUACUUAGUCAAAAUCAAAUUGACUUACUAAAAUUGGGAAAUUAUUCUCUUCUUUGUUUUCUAAAGAAAUUCUGUUGGACUGUUUUUUCCUAAUUACAUAGCCCAAAGAGGUCAAUAUAAAGAGUCUGGAUUUGCCCCCUUUUCUCUAGAGCAGCAGUUCUCAACCUGAGGGUCUCCAACCACCCCUGGGGGGUAUUGACCAACUGUUUCACAGGGGUCACUUAAGAUCAUCUGCAUAUCAGAUAUCUACAUUACAAUUCAUAACAGUAGCAAAAUUACAGUUACAAAGUAGCAAUGAAAAUAAUUUUACGGUGUUCACCAUAACAUAAGGAACCCUAUUAAAGGGUUACAGCAUUAGGAAGGUUGAGAACCUCUGCUCUAGAGUCACAGAUGUUCUGUGACUUUGCUGAGUGUCUCAUAAGCUCCUCCAAGCCUCAGAUUUUCCUUAGCUCUCUGAGAUGCUUUCCUGGCUGGGCAAGGGAUCUAUAGAACCUCAGAGAAAAGCUGAGCAGGCAUGUGGCAGCCUGUUGGUGUCUCCUGGUUUGUUUUACCCCUGCUAGCUAGAUAGGUUUGCUGACGACACACAUCUCUUAUUUGAUGUAAAAAAGUGAUUUGCUCCUGUAAUUGUUUUCAGGGUGUUUCUAGACUACAUAAAUGAGCCCAUUGAAAAGGAAGAGCUUGUGAAAAUGGAUGAAGAUGGAUGAGGGUAAUUUAGAGAUUAAAUUCCCCCUUCGACAAUACCCUGUUAUUAUGCUGUCUGUACCAGAAUUUUCACAAGUGAUGGGGACACUGCAGUGAAGUUCAUAUAAGUUGCCCUUACUAGAGUUAGGGUCCCCAUUGGUGUCUGAGGUGCUUGCUUCAAUUUCUGUUGAUUUGCACUGAGCUGGGGUGACUUUCUUCUGAUAGCUUAGCUUGUGUCCAUAGGAAAGUUGGAUUCUGUGCAUUUGUCUCUCUGCACUGUUGCUCAGAAAGGCAGUAACCCAGACACAAAUGUAUAUCUUUCUUUGUGAUUCAAUUGGGGGUCAUGUUAAUAUUAGAGGUCAGAAACAUUUUAGUUCCCCUUUAAAUUUUUCUUUAGUUCCUUUUGUUUAUUUCUCAGCUAUCCCCUCUCCCCCAAUUUCUCUUACCCUUAACUUUUCCUAAACCCCCUCUAAAAAAUCAGUGAACUUCAAGCAGGGAAACUAACAAAUGCUCAUCCACCUAUUUUGUAUGGUGUGGGUUUUUGUUGUUGUUGUUCUUUAAACUAAGCUUGAACCAAAGUCAAUUUUUAGCAAGCUGCUGUACUAACGGACUAGUUAUAAUGUGCAGUUCAAACACAUUGAGGAGAUAGAUGCUACUGACAAUUUCUUAUUCAUUUUUUCUUGAUUAAUUUUAUGUGAAAGUUGCUGCUUGUUUUUAAUCUUUUAUGUUGGUGAAUUGUAAUAUCCUCUGGGCAGACAUUACCUUGAUUUUUUUAGCUAGUUUGUUUAGGUCAGUGUGUAAAUAGAAUGGCUGUGUCAGUUAAUAAUUUCUCUUCCCUGUCAGCUCUUUCUUUCUUGUUAAUUUAAUCUUUUACCUUGACUUAACACUCUAACCUUAGUCUGUUCACAUGAUUAUAGGGCUAUCAAUACUGUUUCUGCUCCUAGUAGAGAGUUCCCUCCCUUGGGAGUGAUGAAAUUAGGAGGAAGAAUUCAGGGAGAGAAAUGCUGAUUACUCACCAUACCAGAAGUAGAGUCUCAAGGGACCUGGCCCAGGGAGUUAAAAAGGACAGAGAAAGUCUGUUUUAUUUAGUCCUAUGGGGUGAAAAGAAUCUUUUUCCUAAAUAAGAUUCCCCUAUAGACUUUGAUUUUAAAGACGAUACUAAGCUUUAAAUGUCAGUCCAGAGGUUCGUCAGUUCCUCCUUUGUCUAUAGUUUCUAUCUAGUUGGUUUGAGAAAGGAAUGCUGCCUUUUUAUAUAGUUCAUUUGAGGAUAAACUUUAAAACCAGCAUAAACGCUGUAUUGAGAAGAAAAAAAUCUUUAGACAAAGAACUUUAAUUGUUCCUCUCCUUUUUCAUAUAUUCAAAAUUAAGUUGUAAGAUGAAGGGUACUUUAUACAUGUAUACAUGACACACUACUAAUACCUGCUGGUGGGUGUUGAGUGUAAAGUCACCUUCCGUCACCAUCCCUCGGUCUUGGCAGUCUCAAUGCUUCACAAACACCGUGGCUAAUUUUCAGUUGCUAUCACAUUUUUUAAAAAGCUCUCAAAUGUUUUUAAAUUGACUGAAUUAUCUUUGAAGCUAAAGUACUCAGACUCAAAACAUUUAGCUGCCUUUUAUGAGGGAAUCUAGAAACUAAAGGGGUCAUUUGAAUAAAUGACAUUCUGUUGAGUUUUUGCAUUUCCAGAAGAAAUACCAGAUGGGUUGUUACAACCCCUUUAUUUCAUUUUCCUUUUCUUCCCCAUGACAUUUAUGCACACUUUAUUUCAGUCCUGAAUUUAGUUAAUACAUAGUAAGCCAAAGACUAAUUUUGAAUGCAUUUUUAGGGAUACUAUAAUUGCCUGUGAUAAUGGGCCCUCCCUGGAGAGUAAUGAAUGUAAUUGUUUAAUCCUGUUUAAGCGAUGCAGUUUGGCAUAAAUUUUACUUGUUCCCUGUGUAAAUCUGAAUGACAACAGAAGAUCUGUAUGGGUUCUCACAGGAGCAGUACUACUGUUCUAGGAAUCAGUAGAGUGCUCUGUUAGCUUGAAUGUCUCUGAAGUCCUAUAGGCAGCUUUUUAGAAUGAGGAAACAUUAUUCCUAUCCAUUAACUUGCUUUAUCUGUUGUUAGGAAGGUCAUUACUGUCCUAUUGAUGUAACUUAUUACCCCAGAAUGGAACCAAAGGAAUCUGGCUUUCAUCUUGUGUAGGACCAACCUAUUUAUACUUCAUAAGCUUUAAAGGGACAAUUUCAAAAGGAUUUUGGGUGUGAUCAUCUUGCCAAUAUGUUCUACAUCAUCAUUCAAUUUGUUUUAGGGGAAAAGCACAAUUAAUACCUCUUUAAUAUUUUUGUGUCUAUUAUCGAUCCGUCAAUUACUUGGGAAGAUAGGGAAAAUAAUCUCUUUAUUAUCCAGAAGCACAGGUUUUUGCUUGACAGUAUUUCAGUUCAUCUUAAAUGACAACAGUUAACUUGCUGGAAACACCAGGUACAUUUGUAAAUAUAGAGAUAUUAUGUUAGAAAAAAUGCUAUCGUUAAUAAUUUGAAGUUCUUCUCAAGCUAUGUCAUCCUCACAAAUCUUUCUUGACCAAGAGAGAAAUAAGGUCAUUGAAAUAGAAGGCAAAGAGGCACCUAUUCCUCCCAAGAUAGAUAUGCUGCCCCAGUGUGCAGCAGUUUCCUGCUGGCCCUGAGGAACAGACAGACCAGUCUGUAGUCUGAGCACUGCUAAGACAGAGGGAAGGGCCUUUACAGCUCCACAGAAGAGCUUGGUUAGAAACCUUACAUUGGCUUCUGAAGUUGAUGGACAUAAAGUGUACUUAUUAGAACUGAAAACAUUAAAGACUUCAGUACCAAUGGGAGGAAAUUACUAAAAGACCUGAAACCCGUAAUUAUCCAAGUGGGCAGAAACUGACGUAAUAAUUUAUUUAUUCAUAACUGUUAAUGAGUUCACUUUGAUUUGUGGGUAUGAACAGCAUUUACCCUGUUAUUAUUCAUAUAAAGAGAUCCCUGGUUGUUUUGAAAUCAUUUUCAGAUACCUAUAAAAAUAAGACUUUAAUAUUAUUUUCAGUUUUAAGGAGGAAAAAAUAAUUCUUUGCUAUUUCUCUGAAACUAAGAGCCACUGUAGGUUUACGUGAUAGUACCCACGGUGUACACACAGGCCUAAAUAGAAAAAAAGCAGAAAUAAGUUGCUUUCAUUAUUAAAGAAUGAUGGAAUCCUCUUUCCCUCCUCUUCUUCUUCAGUCAUGGGGAGUAAGCGUAAGGUUCUACCAGGAGGCAGGGAACCUGUCCAGUUUGUACCCAGUACCUGAUGGAUUUGUGACUAAAACUUCUUCUACCAGCAUUCUAUUCAUGAAGUAGUUCCUUAUUGUGACUUCUCUGCUUUGGGGCUUUACUAAAAGCAGUGAGCUUGAGUGAAUUAUGUGUCAGUUCUGGGAUCUGGACCUCUGACUCUUUCCUUUCCUUCUUUUUCUCUUUGAAUGGUGGUACCUUAAUCUGUGAGAAUAAUGCUCGUGGGCAACAGCUUCUAGCACCUUCUAAAAUACCUCAGCACAGCUUAGCAUUGUUGCAGAACUGGUUUUAGACUUAAAAACCAAGUAAGUAAAA